AUGAAGUAUCUAGUGACUGGCGGAGGAGGCUAUUUUGGCAGUAAAUUAGGCCUCUCUUUGGCUUCAGAUGGAGCUGACGUCUGUUUGUUUGACUUGAAUAUUAGCUUUGCUUGCGAAGACAGUGACAAGACGUCCAAACAAUCCGGCGCGCUAACCUCGAUGAAGGGAGACGUGUCCGUUCUUGACGACGUGCUGCAAGCCUGUAAAGACGUUGACUGUAUCAUGCACGUGGCCUCCUUUGGAAUGUCAGGGCGUGACAUGUUGAAUACGUCACAAAUUGAAGCUGUAAACAUACAAGGAACAAAGAAUAUUAUAGAAGCCUGUAGGAAAUGUGGAGUAACAAGUUUGGUGUACACAAGCACCACAAAUGUUGUCUUUUGUGGAGAACCAAUUACUAAUGGAGACGAGACACUUCCAUAUGUGCCUGAUGAGAAACAUGUUGAUCACUAUUCUAGAACUAAGUGUAUUGCCGAGCAGGCUGUUUUGCAAGCAAAUGGAUAUAAAGUUGCAGGUGGGAAAACUCUGCACACUUGUGCAAUCAGACCUGCUGGCAUAUACGGAGAAGGUGAACAACGACAUUUGCCGAGAAUAGUGAAUUACAUUGAACGAGGUUUGUUCAAGUUUACAUAUGGGUCUAACAAUCUUGUUGAGUUCGUCCAUGUUGAUAACUUGGUGCAGUCUCAUAAACUUGCUGCUUUGAAUCUGGCCUCAACUAAUCCCACUGCGGCUGGUCAACCAUAUUUUAUCUCAGAUGGUCAACCUGUAAACAACUUUGAAUUCUUUCGACCACUGGUUGAAGGGUUAGGAUACACAUACCCACGCAUGACUCUACCUGUCAAUAUAAUUUACUUCUUUGCCUUCUUUAUUGAAUUGAUACAUGGUAUUAUUGGAAGAUACAUCUAUAACUUUCAGCCUUUUCUGACAAGAGCAGAAGUUUUCAAAACUGGUGUUACACAUUACUUCAAAAUAGAUAAAGCCAAGAAGGAUCUUGGAUAUGAACCCAAAUCUCAUGACAUGUUAGGUGUAGUUCGUUUCUUCAGACAGCAAGGUCAUGGUCGUAGCUUCCAUCACAAAAAGUACACUACAAGCAAUUUGCUUCGUGAUUUAGCUCUUGCUGCCAUCGUUGUCAUUAUGCUUUUCAGUCUUUUACCUGUAGUUACUACAUAGC